AUGACACCCAAAGUUUUCCUUACAGGAGGCACAGGCUACAUCGGUGGUUCCGUCCUACAUACUAUCGCAACCGCCCACCCUGAAUACCACAUCACUGUUCUGUUACGCAAAACUCCUGAAAACUUCAAAUCCACCUUUCCCAACAUCGACGUCAUCACAGGUGACUACUCGAGCGCCGACCUCAUCACAUCAGCAGCGGAGAACGCUGACAUUGUUAUCCACAAUGGCGAUUCAGACCAUGAGCCCAGUCUAAACGCUAUCAUCACGGGUCUUCUCCACCGUCCAAUCCCGGGCUACCUCCUUCACCUCUCCGGAACAGGGAUUGUAUCUGACUGGGCCGACGAAGAGUAUCCAGGGAAGUUGAACCCAAAGAUAUGGUCGGACAUUGCUUCUCUGCCUGAAAUUCGUCAACUGCCCCCGAACGCACUCCACCGCAAUACAGAGACCAUUCUCCAUCAUACAGUUGCAGAGCACGGCGAUAAAAUCAACAUAGCAAUCAUGUGCCCACCGGAUAUCUACGGUAGAGGCAAGGGGCUAGCAAAGACCCAAAGUGCUUUCAUCCCAUUCUUCAUCAAAGAAGUGAAGAACAUGGGUGGUAAAGUAGUUUACCUCGACCAAGGUGCAAAUACGAGGAGUUGGGUGCACGUCGACGAUUUGAUGCGUCUGUAUCUCCAAGUCGUGGAAGCCGCGGCAUCCAAUUCAAAAGACUUCUUCAACGAGAAUGGAUACUACUUCGCUAGUACACAGGAGCAUUCUCAGAUUGAUGUUGCGAAAGCGACAGGAGAGGUUCUGCACAGACAUGGUGUGAUCGAUGAUGCGACGCCCGUGCAGAUUAGUUUAGAGAGAUUGGACGCAAUGGCGAAUAUCCCUGGAUUUCCCAGACUGGCCAGAUAUCUUUUUGCAAGUAAUUCGCGCACGAGGGCAGAGAGAGCGGGGAAGGCUUGGGGAUACAAAGGCGAGGCACCAGGCUUGUUAGAGUGCUUGGAGGCGGACAUACUGGAUGCUGUACGUACCUAG